AUGUCCUCUUCGCUCCGUGGGCUCGUCACGACUGUGGACCCCGCAGCACAGGCAGCACAGGCACCGAAAACCCCGCCGACAACCAAAUUUCCCAUCUCCAAGCCUGCUUGGAAGCGAGGAAUUGCAAUGCCACUGAUCAUCGUCACGGGCCUCCCCUGCUCCGGCAAGACCCACCGCGCCCAACAGAUCGCGGCCUCCCUGACCGAAUUCAUCUCGUCGUCCGCCGACCCGACCGUCUCGAAGCGCACCGUCCAACUCCUCCCGUCCCAGCACGCCCUUUCCGAUCCCGGAGCCGGUCCUCACAGUGGUCGCGGCGUUGGGCCUGAAAUCGCGCAAGAGGCCUCAUCACUCCGCGACCAGAUCUACACGUCCGCGGCGGAGGAGAAGAAUGCGCGGGCGGCAGAGUUCUCGGCCGUCAAGCGCGCGCUCGGUCGGGAUAAUGUCGUCGUGGCGGACGCGCUGAAUUACAUCAAGGGAUAUAGAUACCAGUUGUGGUGCGAGGCCAAGGCCGUGGGGACCAGAUGUUGCGUCGUCCAUGUGGCGGCGCGUGAGGACGAGUGUGCGGCCUGGAAUGCUGAACGGGCGAGGGCAUGGGGAAUCAAGUCGGAAACUGAAGGCGAACGACCUGAUGGAGAGGCCGAUGGGGGUGGCGAACACGGUAGACACGAGCAAGGGUUGAAGAAACACGGCGAGAAUGUCCUUGGCGAGUUGAUCCCAGAAAGCCAUACGGCCAUGUAUGGCGAUCGCGGGGUGAGGGAGACGGGAUCCAGCAGGUCGCGAUCGUCGUCUCUGGACGGCAUGGAAGGGGAUGUUUCUCGAGCGAGACAGCCGCACGACGAGACCAUGACGCUCAAGUCUCUCUACAUUGGCGAACGAGACGACACGGCCCCAGCAACGGGAAUACGUCGACCUCAAGCGUCCAUAUCCUCGUCUUCAGCCUCAGCUUCACCUUCACAGGGUGUCGCACUCCCAAUCCCCUUGUCGACACCACCACCACCAUCGAAUGCCUCACCUCCCUAUAGUCCAUCGACCCUCGCCUCUCUCUGCAUGCGUUAUGAGCCGCCCUCCCCCUUCUCCCGGUGGGAUACGCCCCUCUUCGUCGUCCCCUCCACGGACAUGGCCCCUCCCAUGAAAGACAUCUGGACCGCGAUAUACCCUCCACCCACCAGACCGACGAGUAAGAAGGCAUUAAGCCAGCUGGGACCACAACCUCCUUUCAGAGCGAGCACUUCCGCCACGAACGGAAACGGAGCCGGAGGAGCCGGAGGAGGCAAUGCGGGUGCGGGAGCGAGCGCGAAUCCACACGCCACAAAAGCGGAAGACACCAAACCUGGAGUUUCAGGAGUGAAACCCCACGCCGCGACGGUCCUCCCGCGCGCGACCGGCGCCGACGCCCUGCAGACGCUCGAGUCCGCGACCAUGGAGGUGGUGAGACAGCUGCUCGCACAAACGAGGGCCCAAAGUCCGGCGAUAUUGCAGGGCGAGGGCGGGGAGGUGGAUCUGCGUGUGCCUGUUGUGCCAGUGCCUGUGCGUGGACAAAAACGCGCCGAUAACUCUACUGCUGCUGCUGAGGAGGAAGAGGAAGAAAAAGAAGCAGAAAGAGAAGAAAAGGCGGACGCAGAAGAAGUGGGAGAAGCAAAUGCAGACGCAUCGGCAGUGCACAUGACGUUACGGGUCCCUCCCGGCGUGAAUCUCACCCAGCCGAUGCUCCAGCGGUUGCGGAGGAAAUACACCCAGAUCCAGAGGGGCGGAAUCGCGCACGGCCAGGGGUAUGUCGUUGGGCGGAGGGCGGUCGUCGAGUCCUUUGUGCGGUUUUUGGCCGAUGAGUGGGAUGAGGAGUGA